AUGCCGCCAUCAUCACUAAUUCUAAUAUGCCUGGCGGCGACCGUGUUCGCCGCCGAUGUCAGCGAUUGGCGUCAAGCGGGCACCGCCAGUGGCGAGGUGCUCCGAAAGUCAUCGUUCCCGUGCCACUCAUUAUCCCGCGAUAAUUACACGUGCUCGGCGUGUAUUCAAUUGCAUGAGUCAUGCGCAUGGUGCGGAAUGCCGGAAUUCGACAAAGAUAAACCGUAUGCAAGAUGCGAUGAUCGCGAGAAGCUUCUUGAUCAUGGAUGCCCGGAAAGUUAUAUCGAGGAUCCGCAGACGAAGCUCGACAUCAUCGAGGAUGAUCAGCUAUCCGAUCAGGGAACCGUUGAGACGGAAGAUGAAGCCGUGCAAAUCAAACCGCAGGAGAUGUACAUCGAAAUUCGGCCAAAAUCCCGCGUUCGUUUCAAUGUCACUUAUCGUCAGGCCGUUGAUUAUCCCGUCGACUUGUAUUAUUUAAUGGAUCUCUCAUAUUCCAUGAAGGAUGAUAAGCAGAAACUCUCGGAGCUUGGAGAUCUUUUAGCCGAACGAAUGCGAACCGUCACAAAGAACUUCCGAUUGGGCUUCGGCAGUUUCAUCGACAAAAAACUGAUGCCAUUCAUCGAUCCGAGAAUCGAGAAGCAGCUUUCGCCGUGUCCAACGCCAUGCGCCGAGCCGUACGGAUUCAAGCAUCAAAUGUCGCUGACAACGAACACUGCCAAAUUCAAGGCAGAAGUCGAUAAGGCUGAAAUCUCGGGAAAUUUGGACGCGCCCGAAGGCGGAUUCGACGCUGUCGUUCAGGCACUAGCCUGCAAUAGAACAAUUGGCUGGCGUGAGCGUGCCCGAAAGAUGAUCGUCUUCUCCACCGAUGCCGGAUUCCACUUCGCCGGCGAUGGCCGCCUCGCUGGCGUCGUCGAGCCCAACGACGGAACAUGUCAUUUGGACCGCGAGGGUUAUUACACAGAAACGCUUAAUCAGGACUAUCCAUCGAUCGCUCUCCUUCAUCAAAUGAUUAAGGAUAGAAAAGCGAACAUCAUUUUCGCGGUGACCAGAAACAAUCAAGAUCUUUACACUCAGCUUUCCAACGCCCUGCCCGACGUUUCCUCAUCGGUCGGUGUUCUUGCCAAUGAUUCUCGAAAUAUUGUGGACCUUAUUGAGAAAGAGUACCUCAAAAUCAGUGAGAAAAUCAUCAUGGUCGACAACGCCAACGCGUCCGACGGGCUUAAAGUCACCUACCGAUCAAUGUGCCUUGAUGGUACUACUCUCAAGGACACCAACGUUUGCGAAGGAAUCCGUGUAGGCGACGAGGUCUCCUUCGAGGUCACCUUGGAAAACACGCAUUGCGUCGACAAGCGCGACUUUGUGCUCCGAAUCGGACCUUCUGGACUCGACGAGGCCCUGAUGCUGAAUGUCAAGGUGCUUUGCGAUUGCGAUUGUGAGCGUCAGGAUCGAAUUGUGGCCAAUUAUGAGGAGUGUCAUGGCGGUGACAUGAUCUGCGGAGUGUGUCGAUGCAAAGGAGGCAAUGUCGGCAAAUAUUGCGAAUGCAAUCGGCCCGGCAUGAGCACGGCAGCGUUGAAUGAGAAAUGCAAACGAACCAACGAGUCGGCGAUCUGCGAAGGACGCGGAAUCUGCAAUUGCGGACGUUGUCAGUGUAAUCCGAGAUCGAAUCCCGAAGAGCAAAUCUCCGGCGAGUUUUGCGAGUGCGACAACUUCAAUUGCCCGCGACACGAUCGUAAAAUUUGCGCCGAGCACGGCGAAUGCAAUUGCGGAAAAUGCGUGUGUCGAUCCGGAUGGACCGGCCGCGCUUGCGAGUGCCCAAUUUCGACCGACUCAUGCCUAUCGGCCAACGGCAAAAUCUGCAACGGCAAAGGCGAAUGCAUCUGCGGUCGUUGUCGCUGCUUUGAAGGACAGGAUGGCAAUCGCUAUUCCGGCGCCAAAUGCGAAAUUUGUCCGACGUGCCCCACUAAAUGUAUUGAGUAUAAGCCAUGCGUAAUGUGUCAGCAAUGGCAAACUGGACCUUAUAAUGAGUCGAGAUGCGAACAAUGUCCAUUCAAGGUGAUUCCCGUCGAUGAAUUGCCAACCUUGAAUGAGACCACCCCUUGUCAAUUCGUCGAUCCCGCUGAUGAUUGCACCUUCUACUAUCUCUAUUACUAUGAUGAAGCUACGGACAACGCUACGGUUUGGGUGCGACGGCAUAAAGACUGCCCACCACCAGUUCCAGUGCUUGCCAUCGUUCUCGGUGUGAUUGCGGGAAUCGUCAUCCUUGGAAUCAUUCUUCUCCUUCUUUGGAAAUUGAUUGCGGUGCUCCACGAUCGCGCCGAGUACGCGAAAUUCAAUAAUGAGAGGCUCAUGGCUAAAUGGGAUACGAAUGAGAAUCCGAUUUACAAGCAGGCGACGACGACAUUCAAGAAUCCGGUGUAUGCCGGCGGAAAGAAGGGAUUAUAA